CAGAUUUUGGUGUUAUUUCAGGUUUAUGUAUAGAGAGGUGAAAGGGUUAAUGUCAGCGUCAACAUGUAGGAGGAGCUACAAGCCACGAGUCUCUCGUGCAGCUUCAGCAAUGACAACGUCAUAGCGAGAGGUCGCAGCUUUAAACGCUGCCGAUCGAAAAAUAAUAAACAUGACUUCUAGUAUGAACACGUCGACGGAUAUUAUGGAGUGUCAGAAUGGUCACAAGGAUGUUGACCCAAAGAGCAUUGAAGAUGAGCCUCUCCUCAGAGAAAACCCAAAGCGAUUUGUUAUCUUUCCUAUUCAGUAUCCAGACAUCUGGAAAAUGUACAAACAAGCUCAGGCCUCAUUCUGGACAGUUGAGGAGGUGGAUUUAUCAAAGGACUUGGCUCACUGGGACAACCUGAAGUCUGAUGAGAAACACUUUAUAUCUCAUGUAUUGGCCUUCUUUGCAGCAAGUGAUGGGAUUGUCAAUGAGAAUCUGGUGCAAAGGUUUAGUCAGGAGGUGCAGCUUCCAGAGGCUCGCUCAUUCUAUGGCUUUCAGAUCCUUAUUGAGAAUGUGCACUCCGAAAUGUACAGCAUGCUCAUCAACACUUACAUCAGGGAUCUUAAAGAGAGGGACUAUUUGUUUAAUGCAAUUCAGACUAUGCCUUUUGUAAAACGGAAAGCAGAGUGGGCCUUACAGUGGAUCUCUGAUACGAACUCCACUUUUGGAGAGCGUUUAGUAGCGUUUGCAGCAGUGGAGGGCAUCUUCUUCUCUGGGUCAUUUGCUGCCAUCUACUGGUUAAAGAAAAGAGGACUAAUGCCCGGGCUCACAUACUCCAAUGAGCUUAUCAGUAGAGAUGAGGGCUUGCACUGCAAUUUCGCAUGUCUGAUGUACAACUACUUGGUGAAGAAACCCUCAGCUGACAGAGUUAAGGAUAUUAUCACAAAGGCUGUGAGCAUUGAACAGGAAUUUCUUACGGAAGCCCUGCCAGUCAAUCUGAUUGGAAUGAACUGUUCUCUUAUGAAGCAGUACAUUGAGUUUGUUGCUGAUCGGUUGUUAACAGAUUUGGGAUUGCCCAAAGCGUAUCAGUCAGAAAACCCUUUUGACUUCAUGGAGUCAAUUUCACUGGAAGGGAAAACAAACUUUUUUGAGAAGCGAGUGGCAGAAUACCAGCGAUUUGGAGUUAUGUCAAACGUUAUGGACUCUGAAUUUACUCUUGAUGCAGAUUUCUAAUGAUGAACUAGAAUUUAUUUAUUUAUCAGACAGUAUUUCAUUGUAUUUUACAGAGAAAUGUCGGUUAGUUGAUUUUUUUAGUUUGUUUUAAUUUUUCUUUUUAAUCUAAGCAGAAAGUGAAAAAUACACAAAAUAUAUUUUAAAUUUAGUUUUGUUUUGGUUUCUUUUUGCACCCAAUACAAACACUAUGUAAUGAUGAAUUGACUACAUUAACAAAACAAAGGUAGGCAGAGAUCAGAAUGAUGCCUUUCCUUUUAAGAAACCCAAACACAAAUGUUUUUGGUGUAAAUCUUUCGGGAUUUCAAAGUUGUUUUUAAAUAACAGACAGCAAGUAAUCCCAAUGGGCACAUCCUACUGAGAAAACAAUUCCAGGAAUAAAAUAUUUUUAGCCCAA